UGAGGUGAAGGAGUGAGGAGUGAGGUGAAGGAGUGAGGGAGUGAGGGGGGAGUCAGUCCAGAGGACCCGGCCGGCUGCAGGAUGUCGGACUCCGCCUCGAGCUUCCUCCACAUCGGGGAUAUCGUGUCUCUGUACGCGGAGGGAACCGUGAACGGCUUCAUCAGCACCCUGGGGCUGGUGGACGACCGCUGUGUGGUGGAGCCGGCGGCCGGAGACCUGGAGAACCCUCCCAAGAAGUUCAGGGACUGCCUGUUUAAGGUCUGUCCCAUGAGUCGAUACUCGGCUCAGAAACAGUUCUGGAAAGCGAAGCAAGCCAAACACGAGAAAGACAAGAUCGCUGAUGUGGUGCUGCUGCAGAAACUACAGCAUGCCUCUAACUUGGAACAGAAGCAGAACGAGACGGAGAACAAGAAAGUCCACGGCGACGUCGUCAAAUACGGAACUGUGUUACAGUUGCUCCACAUGAAGAGUAAUAAAUACCUGACGGUGAACAAGCGGCUGCCGGCGCUGCUGGAGAAGAACGCCAUGCGGGUCACGCUGGACGGGACGGGCAACGAGGGCUCCUGGCUCUUCAUCCAGCCCUUCUGGAAGCUACGGGCCAACGGGGACAACGUGGUCGUGGGAGACAAAGUGAUGCUGAACCCGGUGAACGCUGGUCAGCCGCUCCACGCCUCAAACUACCAGCUGAGCGACCACCCAGGCUGCAAGGAGGUGAACUCUGUGAACUGCAACACCAGCUGGAAAAUCAACCUGUUCAUGAUGUACAGUGACCACCGGGAGGAAGUCCUGAAAGGGGGCGAGGUGGUGCGCUUGUUUCACGCCGAGCAGGAAAAGUUUCUGACCUGCGACGAGUACAAAAGCAAACUGCACGUUUUCCUCCGAACGACGUUGAGGCAGUCGGCGACGUCGGCAACGAGCUCCAACGCCCUGUGGGAGAUCGAGGUUGUCCAUCACGACCCGUGCCGUGGGGGGGCGGGACAUUGGAACAGCCUCUAUCGCUUCAAACACCUGGCCACCGGCAACUACAUGGCUGCUGAGGAGAACCCGGGUUACAAAGGAGACAAUGCAGAGCCGGCGGCCUCGAUGGACAGUCGCAGCAUCAAGCGCUCCCAGGGCGAGAGGAUCAAGUACAAGCUGGUGGCGGUGGCUCACGGCAACGACAUCGCCUCGCUGUUCGAGCUCGACCCGACGACCCUGCAGAAGACCGACUCCUUCGUGCCGCGGAACUCGUAUGUACGGCUCAGACACCUGUGCACCAACACCUGGAUCCAGAGCACCAACUUCCCCAUCGACAUCGACGAGGAGCGACCCAUCAGACUCAUGUUGGGAACGUGUCCCACGAAGGAGGACAAGGAGGCGUUCGCCAUCGUCUCAGUCCCCGUGAUGGAGAUCAGAGAUCUGGACUUCGCCAACGACGCCAGCGCCAUGCUGAGCACCGUGGUGGACCAGUUCAGCCAGGGCUUCAUCAGCCAGAACGACCGGCGGUUCGCCAUCAAGCUGCUGGAGGACGUGGUCUUCUUCGUGGCCGACGCCCUGAACAGCGGCCAGGCGGUCCUGGACGUCCUCAUGACCAAAGCCAACCGGGAGAGGCAGAAGCUGAUGAGGGAGCAGAACAUCCUCAAGCAGAUCUUCGGCAUCCUGAAGGCCCCCUUCAAGGACCGUGGGGGAGGGGAGGGUCCUCUGCUGCGGCUGGAGGAGCUGGCCGACCAGAAGAACUCUCCCUACCAGUACAUGUUCAGACUCUGCUACAGGGUCCUCCGGCACUCCCAGGAGGACUACCGCAAGAACCAGGAGCACAUAGCCAAGCAGUUCGGCGUGAUGCAGGGUCAGAUCGGCUACGACAUCCUGGCCGAGGACACCAUCACCGCGCUGCUCAACAACAACAGGAAGCUGCUGGAGAAGCACAUCACCAAGACCGAGGUGGAGACCUUCGUCAGCCUGGUCCGCAGGAACCGGGAGCCCAGGUUUCUGGACUACCUGUCGGACCUCUGCGUGUCCAACAACGUUGCUAUUCCCGUCACUCAGGAACUCAUCUGUAAAUGUGUGCUGGACCCCAAAAACCAGGACAUCCUCAUCAAGACAGAACGUCGUAUUCCCAAAAAUGCGCCCUCUGCUGGCGGUCAGGGAGACUACCUGGGGAUGGACGACUACGGAGAUGAGGAAGAGGUGUGGCUGGUGUGGACAGACAAAACCAAUACCGAGAGGCAGGAGAAGGGCAUCAGACAGCUGGCUCAGGAGGCCAGGCAGGGCAACGCCCACGACGAGAACGUCCUCACCUACUACAGAUACCAGCUGAAGCUCUUUGCACGCAUGUGUCUGGACCGUCAGUAUCUGGCCAUCGAUGAGAUCUCCAAGCAGCUGGACGUGGAGCUCAUCUUCCUGUGCAUGAUGGACGAGACGCUGCCCUUUGACAUCCGGGCCUCCUUCUGUCGCCUCAUGCUCCAUGCCCACGUGGACCGAGACCCCCAGGAGCUGGUCACACCUGUGAAAUUUGCCCGCCUCUGGACCGAGAUCCCAACCUCCAUCAGCAUCAAAGAUUAUGACUCCCAUAUGGACGACAGCAGAGACAACAAGAAGAACCGCUUCUCAAAUACGAUGGCGUUCAUGGAGGAAUACCUCAACAACGUCCUGAACGACGAGCUGCCCUUCCACAACGAGGAGAAGAACAAGCUGACGUACGAGGUGGUGAGCUUGGCCAGACAUUUGAUCUACUUUGGUUUCUACAGUUUCUUCGAGCUGCUCAGACUCACCAGAACCCUGCUGGGCAUCAUCGACUGUCGACCCAAUCCUGGAUAUGCCGCCGUCUCGUUCCAUGAGGAUGGAUCAGGGAAGAACGUGAAGCGCUCCAUCCAUGGGAUGGGUCAGAUCAUGUCCACCAUGGUCCUCAAUAGGAAGCAGUCCUUAUUUGGAGGUGCCAGAGGGGCGGGGGCAGGGGCGGGGAAUGCGUUGGACGGACAGAGAGGCAGUAAAGACAGUAUUGACAAGUUGAACCUGACGGUGAUGGACACCAAGCUGAAGAUACUGGAGAUACUACAGUUCAUCCUGAACGUCCGCCUGGACUACCGCAUCUCCUUCCUGCUGUCCGUGUUCAAGAAGGAGUUCGUGGAGGUCUACCCGAUGGCCGACGCCGACGCCACCACCAACACGGAGAACGCAGCCGUCAUCAACCUGCAGCACAUCGGGGAGCAGGCGGAGGCCAUGUUCGGAGUCGGGAAGGGGAACAGCAUCCUGGAGAUGGACGACGAGGGCGGCCGCAUGUUCCUGCGGGUGCUGACUCACCUCACGAUGCACGACUACCCUCCUCUGGUGUCUGGAGCCCUGCAGCUGCUCUUCAGACACUUCAGCCAGAGGCAGGAAGUACUGCAGACCUUCAAACAGGUCCAGCUGUUGAUCUCGUCUCAGGACGUAGAGAACUACAAGCUGAUCAAGGCGGACCUGGACCGCCUCCGGACGCUGGUGGAGAAGUCAGAGCUAUGGGUGGAGAAGAAGAACUCGGGAGGAGGAGACGGGAAGAAGGACAAGAAGGAAAAAGGACAGGGGGCAUCAGUGGAUGCAACGCCCAAGAAGGAGAAGCAGGAGAAGGGCAACGAGAACUACCAGAAGGUCAUAGAGAUCCUGGAGAGGCUGAAUAGGAUGUGCAGCAGCGGCGUUUGGAAGAAGCAGCAGAGGCUGUUGAAGAACAUGGGAGCGCACAAGGUCAUGCUGGACCUGCUGCAAGUGUCGUAUGACAAGAACGACGUGAAGAUGCAGGAGAUCAUCAAGUUCACUCAUCUGUUCCUGCAGAAGUUCUGCACAGGGAACCAGGAGAACCAGAGUCUGCUGCACAAGAACCUCAGCCUCUUCCUCAACCCGGGGCUGCUGGAGGCGGAGACUGUGCAGCACAUCUUCUGUAACAACUACCAGCUGUGCAGCGAGAUCUCCGAGAGCAUCCUGCAGCACUUCGUCCACUGCCUCGCCACGCACGGGCGCCACGUGCAGUACCUCUACUUCCUGCACACCAUCAUCAAGGCCGAGGGCAAGUACGUGAAGAAGUGUCAGGACAUGAUCAUGACCGAGCUGACGAACGCCGGCGAGGACGUGGUGGUCUUCUACAACGACAAGACCUCCUUCAACGUCAUGCUGGAGCUGAUGGCCGAGAGCAGGGAGGGCGUGGGCGAGAGCAGCCCGCUCAGGUACCACAUCUCUCUGGUGGAGCUCCUGGCAGCCUGCGCUGAGGGCAAAAACGUUUACACGGAGAUCAAGUGUACGUCUCUGCUGCCGCUGGAGGACAUCGUCAGGGUGGUGACGCACGACGACUGCAUCACCGAGGUGAAGGUGGCCUACGUGAACUUUGUGAACCACUGCUACGUGGACACCGAGGUGGAGAUGAAGGAGAUCUACACGUCCAAUCACAUCUGGAAGCUGUUUGAGGACUUCACCGUGGACAUGGCCCGGGUGUGCAAUAAGCGCGAUCAACGUCUUUCUGAUCCCAUCCUGGAGAAGUACAUCAUCAACGUGGUCUUCGACACCAUCAUCGCCUUCUUCAGCUCGCCGUUCUCCGAGAACAGCACCUCUCUGCAGACUCACAACACCAUCAUGACGCAGCUGCUGCAGUCGUCUGUGCGGCUGCUGGACUGUCCCUGGCUGCAGCUGCAGCACCGAGGACAGGUUGAGACCUGCAUCAAGACCCUCGCCAUGACGGCCAAGAGCCGCUCCAUCGCCAUCCCUCUGGACCUGGAGGCUCAGAUCAGCAUCAUGAUGUCCAGCUCCGCUCUCAACUCUCUGUCGCGCUCCAACCCCAACUACAAGUCCUCCUUGCGCUCCUCCAGGCCCGUCGCCGCUAGCAACCCCUGGGACUACAAGAACAUCAUCGAGAAGCUGCAGGACAUCAUCAACACUCUGGAGGAGCGCCUGAAGCCGCUGGUGAACUCUGAGCUCUCUGUGCUGGUGGACGUCCUCCACCAGCCGGAGCUCCUGUUCCUGGAGGGCACCGACGCCCGGCAGCGCUGCGAGUCCGGAGGCUUCAUCUCCAAGCUGAUCCAGCACACCAACACACUCAUGAACGCGGAGGAGAAGUUAUGCAUCAAGGUCCUGAGGACUCUGCAGGAGAUGCUGAUCCGGAAUCUGGACUUUGACGAAAAGGGAAUGGCCCUGCGGAAGGUUCUCCUGCAGAACUACCUGUUCCCCAACAAGAAGAGCAGCCCCAAGAACGACCUGGCGGAGCUCGGAGCCUCAGGUGCGGAGCAGGAGCGCGACUGGGCCGUGGUGGCCGCCGUUCAGUGUCGCCUGGACCGAGAAGGAGGAACCAAGCUGUUCACCGAUCUGGUGAUGAACUCCAAGAACGAAAAGAUCUUCCAGGAGAGCAUCCAGCUGGCCAUCUGCCUGCUGGAGGGCGGGAACACCGAGAUACAGAACUCCUUCUACAAGCUGAUGAUGGGCGACAACAAGUCGGAGAAGUUCUUCAAGGUUCUUCACGACCGCAUGAAGGAAGCUCAGACGGACAUCAAAGCCUCCGUGUCGGUCAACGUGGGAGAGAUGACGCACAAGGCCAACGAGAAGGAGCUGGAGACCGGAAGUGCCCCCCUGCUGGUCCAGGGUCAGUCCAUCUCCCCGGCGCCCGCCCAGCCCGCGGCGGAGCAGGAGGUGGAGAUGGAGAUGGGACCAGCUGUGACCAUCAUGAAGCCCAUCCUGAGGUUCCUCCAGCUGCUCUGUGAGAACCACAACCACGACCUGCAGAACUUCCUGCGUUGCCAGAACAACAAGACCAACUACAACUUGGUGUGUGAGACUCUUCAGUUCCUGGACAUCAUGUGUGGAAGCACCACCGGAGGCCUGGGCCUGCUGGGCCUCUACAUCAACGAGUCCAACGUCCACCUGAUCACCCAGACCCUGGAGACGCUCACCGAGUACUGCCAGGGCCCCUGCCAGGAGAACCAGACGUGCAUCGUGACCAACGAUUCCAACGGCAUCGACAUCAUCACAGCGCUGAUCCUGAACGACAUCAGUCCUCUGUGUCGGUACCGGAUGGACAUGGUGCUCCAGCUGAAGGACAACGCCUCCAAGCUGCUGCUGGCCCUGAUGGAGAGCCGCCACGACAGCGAGAACGCCGAGAGGAUCCUGUUCAACCUGCGGCCCCGAGAGCUGAUGGAGGUGAUAAAGAAGGCCUACCAACAGGACAGUGAGUUCGAGGGGGGGGAGGUGUCUCCCCGCGAGGUGGGACACAACAUCUACAUCCUGGCUCAGCAGCUGGCCAGACACAACAAGGUCCUUCAGAACCUCCUGAAACCUCAAAAGAACAGCAAAGAAGGAGAUGAGGGAAUCUCCUCCAUGUUGAACAACCUGAACAACCGCCCUCUGUCCCAGAUGUUGAAGUCUUCAGCUCCAGCUGCUGUGGUGGAGCAGGACCCUCUGGAGUACUACGAGCUGCUGACCUCCCAGAUAGAGAUCGUGCGUGACGACCGCAGCAUGGAGCAGAUCGUGUUCCCGGUGCAUCCCAUCUGUGACUACCUCACCGAGGAUUCGAAGGUCAGGGUGUUCAACACCACGGAGCAGGACGAGCAGGGGUCAAAGGUCACGCACUUCUUUGAGCAGACCUCCUUCCUGCACGGGGAGAUGGAGUGGCAGAAGAAGCUGAGGAGUAUGCCCGUGUUGUUCUGGUUCUCCAGGAGGAUGUCCUUGUGGGGAACCAUCUCCUUCAACCUCGCCGUCUUCAUCAACCUCAUCAUCGCUUUCUUCUACCCGUACGAUUCAGGACAAGUGGGAGCCAUCGAUGACUCCCUGCUCCUCAUGCUCUUCUGGGGCCUCCUGGGCCUGUCCGUGUUGUCCCUGCUCUCCAAGCGUUACGGCCUCCAGCCGUUCACCAUCGCUCUCAUCCUGCGCUCCAUCUACCACGUCGGCAUCGGCAACACGCUCAUCCUGCUGGGCUCCAUCAACCUGCUCAACAAGAUGGUGUUCGUGGUGAGCUUCGUGGGGAACAACGGGACCUUCAUCAUGGGCUACCGGGCGAUGGUGAUGGACGUGGAGUUCGUGUACCACCUGGCGUACGUCCUGACCUCCACGCUGGGGCUGUUCGUCCACGAGCUCUUCUACAGCAUCCUGCUGUUCGACCUCAUCUACCGGGAGGAGACGCUGUUCAACGUGAUCAAGAGCGUGACGCGUAACGGGCGCUCCAUCCUGCUGACGGCGCUGCUCGCCCUCAUCCUCGUCUACCUCUUCUCCAUCGUGGGCUUCCUGUGCCUGAAGCAUGACUUCAUCAUGGAGGUCGACCCGCUGGUACCGAUCACCCCAGCUCCUCCCAAGAAUGAAGCCUCUCAGGACUUCCUCAAGUCGUGCUCCUCAGACGGCGUCCACUGCUCUGAGGGCACGGAGGUCAGCAGCGUGGACAAGGAAGAAGAGGCGCCGACCUCGGAGCGAGCGUGCGACACGCUGCUGAUGUGCAUCGUCACCGUCCUGAACCACGGCCUGAGGAACGGGGGCGGAGUCGGAGACGUGCUGCGCAAACCCUCCAAGAACGAGCCGCUCUUCGCUGCCCGCGUGGUGUACGACCUCCUCUUCUACUUCAUCGUCAUCAUCAUCGUUCUCAACCUGAUCUUCGGCGUCAUCAUCGACACGUUCGCCGACCUGAGGAGCGAAAAGCAGAAGAAAGAAGAAGUGCUGAAGACCACGUGUUUCAUCUGUGGCCUGGAGAGAGACAAGUUCGACAACAAGACGGUGUCCUUCGAGGAGCACAUCAAGAUGGAGCACAACAUCUGGAACUACCUUUACUUCAUCGUGUUGGUGCGCGAGAAGAACCAGACGGACUACACGGGGCCCGAGAGCUACGUGGCCCACAUGAUCAAGAACAACAACCUGGACUGGUUCCCCCGGAUGCAGGCGAUGUCCCUGGUGGUGAAGGACGGUGACGGUGAGCAGAACGAGAUGAGGAUGUUACAGGACAAGCUGGCUACCACCAUGAAGGUGGUGCUGACGCUGACCUCGCAGCUGACGGAGCUGAAGGAGCAGAUGACCGAGCAGAGGAAGAGGAGGCAGAGGAUGGGCUUCGCUGACGUCCAGGCGGGAGGCGGCGCCGCGCUGCCACCCAGCGCCGCGGGGGGAAACCACCAGAUGUACAAAACAUGAAGAACUGUGUAUGUCUGUUUGUCUGUUUACUCACGUCUGUAAACAACAACACCGCCGGAAGGAAACACCUCACAUGGCUGGCAUCUAUAAAAACACUAGAAUUUAGACAUAAACAUCUUUCUCACUAACAAAAGACAUUUCCUGUUUGCUUGUUCAAUCGAUGUCUGGAUGUGAGUGAUGGGCAGACUGACCACCACGACUGGUUAUGAGAUAGAAGACAUGUUUACUGUAUAACGUUGGAAUUAAUGGAGAUUACCAACACAACAUCUUUGAAAAUUCUGCUGUAUUGUUCUGUGUGAACUUUGUUUCCAUCGAAGUAGUUUCCUUUCCUGCGUUAAUGACCUCAGAACAAGUUGAGAAAGUGUUGUUGUAAUACCGGUGUUGGCCACUAGAGGCUACAGUGCGCCACCACCCAAUGCUCUGAAAAGAGUUUAAAAUGCUCGGUGAUUACUGUGGAGUCACAAUGGCUCUCUUAAUGAUUCGUGGUGCACUGCAACACUCUCGUGGCCCACAUGUGUAUUACAACAACAAGACUUUUGUAGCAACAUCUUUUAAAUGAGGAGAGAUCGCGAGAUCUACGAGCUGUUCAGUGUCACAGAAUAACGUGGGAAUGCUCAGAGGGAACAAACCUACUCAGGUUCGUCAUUUUAAGGAAAUGUAAACAGAGAUUGCAUCAUUUGUUUGCCGAUGACAGAAUGAACUAUUUCUCUGUAAUAUUUGUUUUAAAUUUAAAGUCAGUUGAACCAAGUUAAGUUUGUAAAUUUGGGGAUUUUGUGGUUUAAAGUGCUAUAUAUAAUUGUUAUGGUUUAAUAGUGAUGUAUUUAUGGCUCGGUUCAGACACUGGAUUAUAUCUAAGAUUUACUUUUCAGUAGCAACAGACGGGUACACUGAGUGAGGAGGAGGAAGAGGAUGAAGACCAUGCAUCUUCAUCUAAAUAAAAAUAUCGACUGGAGA